AAUAUGAUGAAUCAGAUGAUGAUUUAAGAGAUUUAAAAAAAAAUCCAAAUCAUUUAAAAAGGGAAUAAUUAUUACAAGAUAUGCAAAAUUAUCACAAAGUUAUUGAUGCAACCGGAUUAGAUGAUGCGAUUGACGCUUUAGAUUCUAAUUAAGGAGUUAAACAUCCUGAAAAAAAAGUCAAAGCUGCUUAUGAAAGUUUUCUAGAAAGAAGAUUACCUGAAUUGAAAGCUGAAUAUCCUUCAUUUAAAAGAUCUAAACAUAUUGAAAUGUUAAAAAAAGAAUGGGAAAAAUCACCAUUAAACCCUUUCAAUUAAAAAAUUAUUGAUUAUAAUUAAAAAUGA